AUGACUGAGUAUGUUGGCCAGAGUGGUAAUAUUAUGCAGGGAGAGAAUCCUCUACCUCCAGCUGUUGGAAUGGAAUUCGAGUCCUAUGAUGAUGCUUAUUACUUCUAUAAUUGUUACGCAAAAGAACAAGGGUUUGGUGUCCGGGUGAGUAAUACUUGGUAUAGAAAGAGUAAGGAAAAAUAUCGAGGGAAAUUAAGUUGCAGCAGUGCAGGAUUCAAGAAGAAAAGCGAAGCCAAUCGGCCGAGACCCGAAACUCGGACUGGCUGUCCAGCAAUGAUAAAGUUUAGGUUGAUGGAGAAUAAGAGGUGGAGAAUUAUAGAGGUUGAGCUUGAGCAUAAUCAUUUAAUGAAUCCAACUAGUGGGAAGUUUUACAAAUCUCAUAGGAUGAUGGGUCUUGGAAGUAAACGACCUUUGCUGAUAGAUGAUGCUGAGGAAGUUCAAAAAAUCAGGCUGUUUAGGACGGUCGUCAUUGAUUCAGAAGAUAGAGGGAUCUUAAACAUUGAUGAAGGUGUAUUUAGGAAUAAUGUUGAUCAGCCAAACAACCAAUUGGACCUUAAACCAGGGGAUGCACAAGAAAUGUUGAACUUUUUUGCUCAUAUGCAGUUAAUGGAUCCAAAUUUCUUCUACGACGAGAGUUUGGCUUCUCCUUUUGAGGGAUACCUUGAUCGACAUACUUCUCUAAAAGAUUUUCUUAAUAGCUACGAUCAAGCUGUGCAGGAAGCUUACAAAAGAGAAGCGCUGUGUGAUUUAGAAUCCUGGAACUCCAAUUGUGUAUUAAAGUCCAGAUUUUAUUUUGAGUUGCAGCUAUCAAAAUUGUACACAAACGAUAUAACGAAGAAGUUUCAAGAUGAAAUAGAGGGAACGUACUCUUGUUACAGCACAAGACAAAUAAAUAUCGACGGCCCAGUCGUGACUUACAUUGUUAAGGAAGACAUUCAAGUCGAGGAAAAUACGAGGGUGACUAGAAAUUAUGAGGCAUGCAUUAAGUGUCAUCAGCCAAAUUGGUUUAGAGGAGAUUCCAUCACAGUUGCAGAGGAAGGGAGGAAAUCAUAUGAUCGAUACAAGUUUACGUUACAAGCUCUAAAUGAGAUACUCAGCAAGAAACUGGUCACCACCCAACUCCAGCGAGAAGCUGAAGAAAAGGAACAGCGGCGGGGAAGGAGUGAGGCCUGGGCUUCGGGGCGAAGAAUAUGGAACCCCACCAUCAUCACCGAACUGCACCCACCACUGGUUGACGAAUGGUUAUUUCCCAUUUUUAAACGACGAUUUAAUAAUCAUAUUGGCGAGAAGUUAAAGAAAAGGAACAGGCAAAAUCAGAACGCCACUUCAGAAACCGCCAUCACCGCUUGGUCCGCUUCACAUCGCAACGCUGCAGAUUUAUCACCACAAACCGCUGCCGCCACCAUCAACCAAAUCACACCACAAACCACCACCACCACCACCGAGGAGCAUCGCAUUGCCGGCAGCAGUGAUCAUCAUUUUGCGUCCGCGAAUUUCCUUGCUCUCAAUCCCUGGUUAUGCUAUUACUGCUGUUAUUCUCCUUUCAUCGAUAAUAGAAGUCUGAUCUCAAUGGAUGAUUUGCCUGACGAAGUAAUUUGGGAAAUUUUAGGAAGAAUUAAGAAAAACGUUGAUAAAAACUCUGUGUCGUUAACUUGUAAACGUGUUCAUGAAUUAGAUAACGAGCAGAGAAAAUCUAUCAGAGUUGGUUGUGGAUUGGAUCCUGCCAAUGAAGCAUUGGCUUCUCUGUGCAAUAGAUUUCGGAACUUGGAAAAAGUGGAAAUCUCUUACUCGGGUUGGAUGUCUAGAUUAGGGAAACAGUUGGAUGAUCAAGGGCUUUACAUUCUUUCGAGCAGCUGCCCAUUUCUAAAAGAUCUCAAUUUAAGUUAUUGUACGUUUAUCACCGAUGCUGGUUUAGGCCGCCUUGCUUGUUGCUCCCAUCUUUCUGCUUUGAAAUUAAAUUUCACUCCCAGAAUAAGUGGCUGUGGGAUAUUAUCUCUUGUGGUAGGAUGCAAAAAUCUUACGCUGCUUCACCUUAUUCGUUGUCUUAAUGUUAGCAGCAUGGAGUGGCUCGAAUAUCUUGGCAAGCUUGAAACAAUUGAAGAUCUUUGCAUCAAGAAUUGUAGGGCGAUAGGAGAAGGUGAUUUAAUCAAGCUCGGGCCGAGCUGGCGCAAAUUAAAGCGCUUACAAUUCGAGGUGGAUGCUAAUUACCGUUACAUGAAGGUUUAUGAUCGGUUAGCUGUAGAUCAAUGGCAAAAGCAGUGGAUUCCGUGUGAUAGCAUGCUUGAGCUCAACUUGGUGAAUAGUAUCAUUAGUCCUGGUAGAGGUCUUGCAUGUGUAUUGGGGAAAUGCAAAAACUUGGAAAAAAUUCACUUAGAUAUGUGUGUUGGGGUACGAGACUGUGACAUUAUACGUAUGGCUCGUAACUCAAGCAAUCUUCGUUCGAUUUCCCUCCGAGUUCCAUCAGAUUUCUCGCUCCCCCUUUUGAUGAACAAUCCAAUAAGAUUAACAGAUGAAAGUUUGAAGGCAGUGGCAGAGACUUGCUCACAUCUGGAAUCAGUGAGGUUAUCUUUCUCCGAUGGUGAGUUUCCUUCAUUUUCCUCGUUUACUUUGCAUGGAAUUCUUAGUCUAAUACAAAGGUGCCCCAUACAAGAACUUGCAUUGGAUCACGUAUAUUCCUUUAAUGAUGUUGGAAUGGAAGCACUAUGUUCGGCUGAAUACCUUCGUAUAUUAGAACUCUCUCGAUGCCAAGAGAUUACUGACGAGGGACUACAGCUUGUAGCGCAAUUUCCGAAGUUGUAUAUAUUGAAGCUUAGCAAAUGUUUAGGAGUUACGGAUGAUGGAUUACGGCCACUUGUCGGUUCACACAAGUUAGAACUCCUAGCAGUGGAUGACUGUCCACAGAUAUCAGAAAGGGGCAUUCACGGUGCUGCUAAGUUGGUUACAUUCAAGCAAGACCUGUCUUGGAUGUACUGA